AUGGCCUCGACGUCCAAGCACACGCUCUCUUCGCCCGAGGCGGCGACGGCAACAGCCGCUCCGGCGCGUCGGGCCUCCGCGCAGAUCGACGCUGGCGUCCUUCAGCGAUCCACCGCCGAGCUCGAGAAGCUGGUGAAGCCGGUCGUGCUGCCCUCAAGCUCGCCCAAGGCCAAAUUCCAGAACUGGGGUCGCUCGUUCGUCAGCACGCCCGCCAAGGUGUUUGCACCGACCACCGUGACGCACUGUGCAGCGAUCGUCGAGCUGGCUCGACGCCAGGGUGUCAAACUCCGCGCCAUCGGGCGUGCGCAUAGCCCCAGCGACCUGCCCUUCACUACUGGCUGGGCGAUGCGCAUGGAAGGCCUGAAUGGUGUCGUUGACAUCAGCCACCAAGAUUGCACCAUCACCGCUCUGGCCGGAACCUACAUCUCGGACAUCCACGAGGCACUCGACUCGGCACAGCCGCGUCUUGCCAUGUGCAACGUCGGCUCCAUCUCGGAACAGACCAUCGCCGGCCUCAUCUCGACUGCCACGCACGGAACCGGCAUCCUCUUCCCCGUCGUCUCCUCCUACGUCUCGCAGUUCACCAUCCUCUGCCCGCUUCCGCAAGGCACGCAGCACCUGACGUGCAGCCGCCAACAACAUCCCGAGCUCUUUAACGCGACGCUCUGCGGUCUUGGGGCGACCGGCCUGAUCACAUCCGUCACCCUCCGCGUCCAGAACGCCUUCAACCUGAAGCAGUACUCGGAAGAGCUCACCUUUGACUCGCUCUUUGGAUCCAAGACCGGCUUCCCUGCUGUGCCCACCGAAUCGCACGUCAAUGCGGGCGCGUCGAUCGGCCGUCUGGUGAGCAAGAACCAACGUCUGCCUCCAUGCCCCGAGCAGUACCGUCCUUCUUAUCGAUCAAAAGACGCUGCCGAAAUCCAUCCGAUCCCUGUCAGCGCCAACCGCGAUGCGGACCACAUGGCACGCUCCGAUGUCGAGGACGACGAGGAGACGAGGCAGGCGCAGCUGGCGCUCGAGCAGGUUGUGGCGUCCGCACAACACGUGCGCCUCAUGUGGUUCCCGCAGGUGAAGCGCAUCACCAUGCUGCGCGCCAAUCGCACCACCGAGCCGGUCUCACCGUCGCCAACGCUCUCCGCUCGCGUCAAGGGAGCAUUGAUCGGCCACCGUCUCACCGAGCUGCUGCUCUAUACAUCGCGAUUCAACAAGCAAUGGUCUCCCGUGGCAGUUCGAUGGAUUCACGCACUCACCCACCCUGCCUUGCCCGCAGUUGACGCCAAGCCGACUAUGGCGCCGCAGAGCAAACGCAUCAGCGCCACGACCGAGGAAGCAGCGGCCGAGCUGGUCGCACCGAAUGCGACCAAUUCUGUAGCAGUCGUCAAUGACGGCGCACGCGACGAGCACCAGCAGCAGCUGAUCCGCGACAUCGGACAGAGCUUCGCGCAUGGCGGCAGUGUCGGAGCAUCGACCGAAGCAGAGCCAUCGCCGUCUUGGCUGCAGACCACCGUGGCUGCGGGCGACUUCAGCGCAUUUGCGCGCGACUCGCCUGCGCCGCGUCCGCUCUCGCCGAGCAACCCGGUGUGGUCGGAAGUGGGCCGCUCGGACCGCAUCUUCAACAUGGACUGCCUCUUCCCGCAGUACACCGACGAGUGGGCCAUCCCGUUCAACCGUGCAGCUGCAGCUAUCCGUGCGAUGCGCGAGUGGCUCGACGAGGAGGAAGCCGCGGCCGACGGUGACCGCAUCCACUUCCCCGUCGAGAUCCGCUUCACGGACGCCGACUCGAUCUGGCUCAGCCACUCGCAGGGACGCAGGACGUGCUACAUUGGCAUCGUGCAGUACCGACCGUACAACCAGCCCGUGCGAUACCGACAGCUGUUCGCCAAGUUUGAAGCGCUCAUGCGCCACUACUCGGGACGUCCGCACUGGGCCAAGGCACACUCGUGCUCGCCCACCGAGCUUUCGCAGCUCUACCCGCACUGGAACGAUUUCCUGGCCACACGCCAGCGAUUCGAUCCCGACGAGGUGUUUGUCAACCCGUACGUGGCUCGACACCUCCUCGGCCGCAUCGGCGAUGGCGUCGACACACGCGUCUUCAAGAGCCGACUCUAG